AUGCCACCCAAACCAGUCCAAAAGCCCCGUUCCUGGGGUUCGCGCUUUGACGCCCUUCCGCCCUCUUCACCUCCGUCCGUCAUCGAGCGCGACUUUGCAACCGAGCCGGCGUCGGACACGUCGAUGACCACCACGCCGAAGAAGGAGAGCAAAAUGCCACACGACGCCAGUGUGUUCGUAGGAAGUCUCCCGACGAACGUCGAGCAACCGGAGCUCGCGCGUCUGCUUUCGGAGCACCUGUCGGAGCAUGCAGAGGUCCAGAAUGUUAAGGUCGUCCGCGAUGCCAAGGGUGGCGUCUGCGCAUUCGUGCAGUGCGAGGAUGCAGCUGCAGCUACUAAUCUCAUCAAUACUCUUCAUUCUACGCCUCCGAAGUCCUUCCUGGGUCGUAUUCUUCGUUAUGAGCCAGCAAGGGCGUUCCGGACCCUGUUGGUGUCCUAUCGAACACCCAAGCAGCUCGUACCUUCCCUCCAGGGUCGCGACGGCGAGGUGGACCAGGCAGCGCGUGAGCAGCUAGUUGACCUUGAGGUCCCUUUCGCUAUGCGCAUCUGGAAGUCGCGCACUUCUAAGUUCUACAACAUGCAGUACAACUCAGAUGCCGUGGAUGGAGAGGCGCGGAGCAAGGCCAUGCAGCAGCAAGUCGAGGGAUACACCGACAAUAGUAUUUCAUUCCACCCUCUUGCGUUCGACACCGAGACUAUCCGCUCUUUGGCCACUUUCUUUGGUCAGUUGGAGGCCUUCGGCCCCUACAAGGGCUCGGAAGGUGAUACGUUAGAGCAUCCGGAGCAACAAUCCUAUCCCGCCCCUCACGAUGCAGAGCGUCUGCCCAAUAUGGAGACUGGAUGCUACGAAAUUAAGUGGGCGCAUCGGGACGACUGCGUUACCGCUCUGAUGACACUGCGACGUGUACCUCAUCUCACGGUGACGUGGGCUCACCAGCCCCAGUCGCAGUCUGAUCGUGCUCCCCACGGCACUCCUCGUCAACCUCAGUUCAUGAACACGGCAUCCUAUCCCCUUCAUGUGCUCAGCCCGCGCCGUGACGUUCAGUCGAGUCCGCGCGCUGCCUAUGACCGUCCCGCUCGUGAAGUCGCUGGUCUUCACUCUCCCGUGGGCGCUUUUAUGGGUGAUGGCCACGAUCAUUCAUUCCAGUCCAACGUCGCGCGAAAGGAGAAGGCGGCGUUGAGCGACAUCGACUUUCCGCCCCUGAAGGAUGGUGGAGAGCGAGGACGCGCAUGGGAUGACAGCGAUUUGCCCAUAUCUCCCUUUGAGCUCUCCCGCGAGCCCAUAGUCACCGCGACGCAUCAGCACGAAGAUCAUGACGAGCACGAACAAGUCUUAGAAAUGCCGUCGCCGCCAAUGCCGGGCCUCGGAAUGUCGCCCAUCACGCCUAAGACGCCCGGCACUCAAUUCCCCAUCACGCCUACAAGCUCGACAAUGUGCAUGGAGGGCAUGGCUUUCGGUUACGAUGGGAAGGACCGCGAGCUCGACCCGACCACGUUGUUUGUCGGCGGAUUGGAAAUGCAUGGGCCGUCCGCCUGGGACGAGGAGCGCGUGGCCACUCUGUUCGCGAAGUACGGCGGUCUGCAGUCCGUCAAGGUUGUCCGUCCGCCGAACUCCCGUGCCGCCUUCGCCUUCGUCAAGUUCAACAAUGACGACUCGCCGGCUCGAGCCAUCAGUGCAGAGCAUAACCGCGUUUAUGAUGGACGGGCCAUUCGUGUCCAGCUACGCGACUGCAAUCCUCCACGUAGCCCCUGGAAGCAACGACGUGGCCGCCAGCCCUUCAUGUCACAUCCAUACAUGGAGGAAAUGGAUCACGGUUCCGGCAAGUUGCCUUUCGGGGACUACAUCGGUAGUCGCUCUCGGGACAGCACCGUCGAGGGUCUGGCGAACGGCUUUGCGGAGGCUACUGUCGAUGAUACCGGCAAUAUGAGGGCACGCUCACAUCAGCGUACGGCGAGCGACGUUCUUGACGGCUCCAUCGUCUCUCGUCGUACUGAAUCUGUAGCGCGCUCGGAGGGCCCUCCACCUUCCGCUCAUGCUCCGACAAUUAGCUGGGCCGAUGAUACUCCUACAUCAGCGGUGUCCCCUCCUCCCUCGUCCUUGGGCUCUGCACCGUCUUCGACGGUCCCCUCUCACCCACCUCCGGCAUACAUGAUGCCGAAUGGCGCAUACUAUCCGCCACUUGGCCCGUGGAUGACACCGUAUCCUCCGCCUAUGCAGUAUGCUAUGCCCUACUACGCGCCGUACCCUCAGCACCACGUCGGCCAGCAUGCGGCGACGCCUGCGUUCGUCAGCCCAAUCGGAUCCGAUGCAAGUGGACCGACUGCGAGUCCUCCUGUCGUAUGGCCGUCGGCACCUAUGUAUGCGUCCUAUGUGCCUUACCCUGCGUACCAGCGCCACCCCGCUGAGCAGGCCACUGCUGUGCAACAGCAGGCGGCGGCCAACGGGCAGGGGCAGGCGCCUCUGGCGCCCACUGGCUUUGUUCAGGACGGGCAGGGCACGCUCAUCCCUGUGUACCAGCCAGAAGCCCUAGACCAGUAUAUGUCGAGCCAUCCUCCUGGGGCUCGUCAGAUACCCUUCCAUCCAAAUUCUUCCCAGUCAUGGUAUCCCCACAUCGUGCCUCACGGUGGCCAGUCGCCUCACGCGCCGGCUACUGCUGCAGGCCGCCCUCCGCCACAGCAUGUUCAGGCGCAGGCCAUCCCUUGGCCCACGUCCGCUUUCUAUCCGACCGCCAUGCCGCAGACAGGGCAUCCGCAGACGCCACCUCUCGGAGCGCCCACAUCCCGUUUGAGCUUCGAGAUUCCGGCCGCAGGGAUGAACCGGCGUCCAGGACGCAAGGAUCAGGCCUACCGCGGCGCGCAUCGUCCAUUUGGCGCUCAUCGGCAGGGUCGAAGCGGACAUCACUCCCCGGCGAACGGUCCCAUCUAUCAGUUCCCGGCGGUCGAGGGGGGCCAACAACGUGCGAACCCAGUAGACGUUCGGAGGUCGCCUCACGGCGAAUGGGGUCAGUGGAAUCGCCCUGCUAUGCGCGGCUGA